AUGUCAGAUAUUGCAAAUCACAGUGUCCACCUCCCCGAUCGUCUAUUAGAGGAGAUCAAGAUAAAACUGCAAUACGCUCGGCUAGAUGAGGGCAUGGCAGAGGUGGAGUGGAAUGACCUUGAGAUAGGACAUGCCAAUUUCAAAAGACUGGUGGAAUACUGGCGCGAUGAGUACGACUGGCGCAAGUUCGAGGCCUAUGUCAACAACUCCUUUCACCACUUUCUGACUCCCCUCCCAGUAAGUGGGUUUGAGGAUAUUAACCUUCAUUUUCUUCACCAUCGAUCUUCAAGACCCGGGGCUAUACCAUUGAUCUUUGUCCACGGCUGGCCUGGGUCCUUUCUAGAAGCCUGCAAAAUUAUUCUAUUCUCUUACACGAAGAAGAGCGGUUUCGGUCUCGAGCAACACGCAGAAUGUCUAGCCCGCUUGAUGAAAAAACUUGGAUACCACCAAUAUGUGUGCCAGGGGGGUGAUUGGGGCUCAUCGAUUGUGCGCUACAUGGCGCUGAACCACUCCAACGCAGUGCGGGCCAUCCACAUCAAUAUGUUGCUGGCCUUGCCCCCGGAUGAGCAUAAGUCACCGGAAAAGUACGCCAGAUACAGCCGAAAUGAGUAUAGCGAGCAAGAAAUCUGCAACUUGGAGCGGACACAUUGGUUUUCGACCGAAGAGAGAGGCUAUCAACGCAUCCAAGAGACUAAGCCAGUCACACUGGGAUAUGCCUUGCAUGAUUCACCGGUGGCUAUUCUGGCCUGGUUUGUCGGCAAGCUGAGCGCAUGGACGGAUGAGUAUCCUUGGACACCCGACGAGCUCAUCCACUGGUCACUCAUUCACUAUCAGGGAAGUCCCAGUGCGGCCAUGCAGAUCUAUAAAGAGGCGUCUGCUGUGUUGAACGCGAGCCCGGAUAGUAUGCUCGGCCAAUAUAUUUGUCAGCCUGUCGGCGCCUCUGUCUUUCCCAAGGAGCUGUGGGUUGCACCACGAGACUGGGUGGAGGAAGCGUGCAACGUCCAAUUCUGGAGACAUCACAGACGUGGUGGUCAUUUUGCUGCCUGGGAAUGUCCCCAGGCGCUGGUGGACGACGUAGCGGAAUUCUACCGAGAGGACGGACCGGUAUUCGGUGGUAGAAGAAAGUCGCCCAUCACCUAG